UUAUUUAUCAGUUACAUAAUUUGUUUAAAGACUUUGUAUCAUAUCAUCAUCAUUUCUUCUGAGUUUUGAUGCCGUGUGGGCCUCACACUGCUUGCUUUUCCUUCCAAUCAGGACCCAGCGCAGUCCAAUAAAUGAUUUACAAGAAGGAGGACCUACAACAACCCCAUUUAGCUUUCGUUUUCCCAGAAAACAGCUGUUUGAGCAGAGUUGUGUGCUGGGCAGGGGAGCGGGAGAGGAAAACUUGUAAACAGGAUGUAAUUUCUGCUCCAAGGUCAUAAAAACCCAAAACUACUUUCCUCUUUCAAGGUUAUGCAGGAUAAAGAGUUGCAAAUAAUCAGAAGCAGAGCAUUUACUAAGAAAUACGUGCCUGUACCAGUUUAUUAAGCUUUUGUCGGAGAUAAGCUCAAAGUACCUUGGUGAUUUUAAACUGCAUAGGGGUUUUCAGUCUCUGUUUGGGGUCUCCCAUCAGAAGUAUGUAUGUCAUUCCAAGAUCAAAACCUGUGAUACAUGGCCAACACUGAUGAUCUGCAGUGCACAGCUACAACAAGGCACAGCGUAUCUUGGUAUGACGAUCAGGAGGGAGAGGGUAUACAGUAAAAGGGAGACAGAGGGAGAGAGGAGCAGGACGGAGAAAAGCGCGAAAACCUCGAAGCAAAACCUCAGAGGAGAGGACUGAGCUUGACUGCAAAAAAUCGGUCCGGCAGCAGAUAAACUGAACCACGAGGAAUCAUUGUCAUGGAUCCUGCCGUAACAAUAGAAACCUUAAAAAAAGACCUUGCUGAAGUGAAGGCUGCUUUGGAUCAAAAGAAAUUCGAAGCUGUUUCGGCUGAAGCUCAACAUCAGUCAAAUUUAUUAAAUAACAUCACAUUGGCAAUUGCCAUCACAGGAAGAUCAGGUGCCGGGAAAUCAUCUUUUGUCAAUGCCCUUCGAGGAAUGGAAGAUGAUGCAGAGGGUGCAGCUGAAACGGGGGUGACAGAAACAACAAUGGUGCCACAAGAAUAUUCACACCCCACAUUCCCCAAAGUCAAAUUUUGGGAUCUACCAGGAUUUGGAAAAGAUAACUUUAGUGCAAAGGAAUACCUAAAGAAGGUCAAUUUCAGCAAGUAUGAUUUUUUCAUCAUCAUCGCCUCAGGGCGCUUCACUGAGGAUGACACCAAAUUGGCUCUUGAGAUCUGUAAAAAUAAGAAGAAAUUCUACUAUGUGCGCAGCAAAGUGGAUAUUGAUAUAGAUAAUGACAGGCGGUCAAAACGCAUCGAUGUGAAGGACACCCAUGAGAUGAUCCAGUCUGAGAAGAAGACUCUUGACAUUAUACAGAAAGAAAGCUAUGAUAAUUUGAAGGCAUUGGGUGAGUCUUCUCCAAGGGUCUUUCUAAUAUCGAGGUGGGAUUUGAGCAAGUAUGAUUUCCCCCUACUUCAAGAGACCAUCGAAAAGGAACAGGAUGAACUCAAGAGAGAUGUUUUAAUCAUGUGUCUUCCGAUUUUUACAAAAGAUAGCAUUAAAAAGAAGAAGGCUGCUAUGGAGAGCCUGAUAUGGAAAAAAGCCAUGGUGAGUUGUACUGUUGGGUUGAUUCCUGUCCCGUUCCUAUCAUUUGGUUGUGACAUUGCCAUUGUGGUUUCGACAAUGAGGGAUAUCUGCAAAGUUUUUGGCUUGGAUGAAGAUUCCCUCAAUAUACUAGCAAACCGAGUGGGGAAACCUGUUGAGGAGUUGAAAUCUGUUAUUGAACAUACCCCAAGCACCGGUAAGAUCACGACAGAAUUCGCCAUGGAUCUCUUGAAGAGGUCAGCACUGUGGGGAGCAAUCACAGUGGUAGAGGUGGCUCUGAAUUUCAUACCUCUGUUGGGGUCUCUCUUUGGUGGGGGCAGUUCUUUUGCUACCACGUUCUACAUGCUGAAUAAUUUCCUGGAAAACGCUGUGAAAGAUGCAGAGAAAGUUCUGGCAAAGGCUGCUGGGCCCAAGAGACGCAAGUAAACAGCCAAUACAUCUACCUGGGAAGAGACAUCCAGGUGAAACCUGCAUCAUCUUAUCUUUCUACCACAUCAUCAACCAAUUGCUUUCUUCACAAGUUCAACUUCCGGUCUUGGAACAUGGCAUCCUAGCAUGCUCCCUCUCUUCCUCUUCAGCUCAGCACUUGUGGGGGUGCCAUAUUUCAAAAUGUGAAAUAUGUCUUCCGAUUUUUCCAAUGGCCUCUACUUCCAAUGGAUGAAUCCUGGUUGUAUGGCAGCCCUAUUGUAACAGCGCUUAAUCAGUAGCCUGCCUGGGCAAUUUUUGUCCAGUUAAGAGGUUCCUUAUCUCCUACCUGUCGGUGAUGGAUGUCAUCCAAGGCAAAAAAAAAAGAUGGCAAAGAUCAAUCUGCAGCCUCCUGUACUUCUCCCCCUCCGACAUACAGCAAAUUUGCAGCAGCAAAACAUAAAGGAUAGAGAAAAGAAGAGAAGAGAAAUGGCUUCAGAGAGUUCUAUUGCUGAUACGUUUUAAGUAAUUUGUGAUGCAGAAUUAUUGUCUGAAGGAUAAUUUAACAAAGAUGGAUCUUAAAAUUACAGCCCUGGAUCAAAAAGUUACUGAUCUUAAUGAGGAGAUAUCAAAAUCUGAAGCAGUUCAAAUUAAACAAGAUAUAACACAGAUAUCUUCUAGGGUGGGUUCCUGCGAGACAUGCUUAUCCAUUCAAAAAUAUACUACUGUAUAUAGUUUUGUAGCCUUUAGCAUUUUUAUGGUUAUUUUGUUAUUCCUGCUUAUAAAAAUGUUACAAUGUAUUCUCUUCUUCCUUUGAUUGCUAUUCUUUCCUUUUCCCUUAUUUACUCUAAUAAUCUCAAUAAAAUAAUAAAUAUUAACAUUUUAAGAAAUUGUGGUUUAUUCCUGAAUCCUCCCUACUGCAAUUAUUUCCCCAACUGUUCUAAUUUUUGUUUUAAAAAAUCAUUUAAUCCAGGCAUGGGAAAGCUAUAGGCAACAGUCCAAAUUUAGGGGUCCUAACCUGAACCACGGGAUGUGGGUGGCGCUGUGGUCUAAACCACAGAGCUUAGAGCUUGCCGAUCGGAAGGUCGGCGGUUCAAAUCCCUGUGAUGGGGUGAGCUCCCGUUGCUUGGUCCCAGCUCCUGCCAACCUUGGGGUUUGAAAGCACAUAAAAGUGCAAGUAGAUAAAUAGGUACCGCUCUGGCGGGAACGUAAAUGACAUGUGGGUCCCUGCAGUGGCCUCUUGCUGAAUAGGAGGAGCUGCUCGUAUCCCCCCACCCAAGGGAGAAAAUUCAGGGGGGGCAUCCUAGGAGGUCUCAUGGGGUUUACACUUGCCCAGCAUGCUUCAGAGCAGGCCCCACCCCCUGUGACAGCCUUUGAUAACCACCUUAACCACAGAGUUGGGAGUCUACAUGUGUUCUCCCUCCAAAUAUCAUAUUUGAGGGGCACCCCUUCCCAAAACAGUUGAUGGGCAUUGCCCUUGCCCUUGUGAGAAAGUGGCAGGAACACAGCUGCUGCCUGGCACUUCUUCGUAUGCUCCCCAGCUCCUCUCCCUCUUUCACCCAUUGCAGCUCAGCUCUGCUGCCGGGCUUGGGGACAGAGAGUGAGCCAAGCAACAGAGGGAGCAAGACUGGGUGCUGGGGGGCCAACUUAAAAUAUGGGGAGAGGCUGGUAUGCCCUGCCUCACCUUAUAGAUCACAAGAUGUGGCGCACCCACACCAUUUGAUUGGCAAUGCCCAUCACCUUGUGGAGAGCAGCCCCCCACCAAUAUUUUAUUGGGGGUGUGUGUGUGUGCCAAAGAUACCUUGGCCCCCAGGAGCUGGCUCCUAUAUCUGUGCACAAGUCCUUCUCCUUCUCCCUAGCUCCUCUCCCUCUCUCACUCAUCGCAGCUCAGUUCUGCAUGCAAAAAUGGUGCCAAGGCCAUUCUGAUUAGAGAGGCUGCUAAAUCACUUUUGAGUUCUGUACUUCUGUGAAGGGAAUAGGGCCUCCUAACAACUCUCAGCACCCUUAACUACAGUUCCUAGAAUUCUCAUUUUGAGAGAUAGGGCUCCUGCUUUUACCCCACCUCAUAUCCCUGUGGGGUUUGCUUCAGUUUUUCUGCCCUUUGGAGUCAGCCAUGUGGGGAUCACACUGCAUCAAAACUCAGAAGAAAUGCGAUGAUACGAUAAAAAAGACUUCAAAAAAAAAGUUCUUUUGAAUGUUAGACAAAACUUCCUUUGCAUGCUCCUCCACUGCUUUCAGGCUGGAGAAAUUUCUGCUUCCUUUUGCUCUCUGUCAUGACCCGGCACAGUCCAAGAAAUUAUUUACUGGGAGGAGGAAUUAGAGCAACCUCAUUUAGGUUUUGUUUUCUCAGAAAUCAACUGUUUGAGCAGAGGUGUGUGCUGGUUAAGCGUGGGGGAGAGGAAAACUUGGAAACAGGAUGUGAUUUCUGCUCCAAGAUCACAAAGACCCCCAGCUACUUUCCCCUUUCCAAGAUUAACAAGGUUAAAUAAAUAAUCAGCAACAGAGCAUUAUAAACGCUCUGUUGCUGAACAGUAUAUGAUUGCACUGGUUUCUUAUUUUUUGAUCCUAUCUCAGAGUCCGAAAGACUCAUAGUGAUAUUGGACAAAACUUCAUUUGCAUGCUCCUCCAAUACUUUCAGGCUGGAGAAAUAUCUGCUUCCUUUUGCUCUUGGUCAUGACCAUGCACAGUCCAAGAAAUGAUUUACAAGAAGGAGGACCUACAGCAACCCCAUUUAGCUUUCGUUUUCUCAGAAAGCACCUGUUUGAGCAGAGCUGUGUGCUGGGCAGGGAAGGGGGAGAGGAAAACUUGUGAACAGGAUGCAAUUUCUGCUCCAAUAUUUUUACCCACCUACCACUGCCACAUUCUCGUGAACUUUCCACAAUGUGGCAAAGAGGGAAACGUGGAACAAUGUCUUCCCAUAGAUCAGAGCUGCAUCUCCCAAAUAAUUCUGAAGGACUGUGAUGCUAUGUUCUCCAAGUAAUCACUCAUUAUUUUUAUACUUUGUUGUUUGCCCCCUGCCAUGACCCAGCAGAGUCCAAGAAAUUAUUAUAAGCCAGCAUGGCCAAUGGCCAGGAAUGAUGGAAAAUGAAGUCAAAACAUCUGGAAGGCAUCAGUUUGAGGAAGCUGGUGUAGAUGUGGGGACCUUCCAGAUGUCGUUUUAACUGAGCAUUCAUAUCUGAGCUCAUAAUGAUAUUGGGGUCGUUAUACAUGAUCCCAUUUUCAAUACCCUUUGCAUCUGCAAAUGUUUUGGCAUGGUCAUACUGCUUCGUUUGCAAUAGGCAUGGGCUCCAUAGUUUCCUGCUGAAGCCCCGCUACUUUUUCAUAACACAAAUGUUCAUGGGUGGGUGUUGCCCACUUUUGUCACACUACAGACAGAGCAAGAGUGACCUUCACAAUAUUUCUCAUUUAUGAGAAUUUCAUGGAAAACUAAAAGCUUAUUAGUUAGGGUUGUAGGGUUGCCAUAUUUGAAAAGGUGAAAAUCCAGACACAAAAGUUGUUGAGCUUUUUUGCAAAAUUUUGCAAAAUUGUUGACAUGCAAAAUUGUUAAUAAUAAUAAUAAUAAUAAUAAUAAUAAUAAUAAUAAUAAUAAUAAUUUAUACCCCACCCUCCCCGGCCAAAACCGGGCUCAGAGCAGCUAACAUCAAAUGUAUAACACUUUAACAUAAAAUCAGGCAAUCAAUUAAAAUACAUCCUAAAAUCAGAUCAGGAUCAGAAUAAAAUCCAAUCAGAUGGCUACCCGCAGAUUAGGGUUGGGGACCUUAAAUGCUCACCAGGCCCAGCUGUUUGUGCUGAACUUAUACGGGCCUGUGAGAAAAACCUGGGGGGAAAUGUAACUGAUAAUAUGAUAGAUAAUGUAUGUUAAAUAUGUUCAAAAAAAUAUUUUUUAAAAAACUUUAUACCUUGUUGAUUGCCGAGAAAGAGGACAACCAAUCCAUCAAUAUAAAUAUAAAUCACUACUGACUCAACAGAUUUAUUUCAUUGCAUCCAUUCCUGUGCAUCUAGAAUUAGACUCUUAUGCAUUCGUCUUCCACACCCAUUAAUUUUUUUUGUUAUUAUAUUAUUAAUAAUAAGAUAUAUAAAAGUAUGGAUUCCCCUCGGAAAUGCUAAAUCCAGAAUGGGGAUAAAAUGAGGGCUUGCAUUUUGAUGGCAAUGACAUUGUCAUGGCCAUCCAACAUCUGCUUAAAAACCUCCCAUGAAGGUUAUAUGACACAUUUGUCAUAUUGAUGUAACAUGCUAUCGAAACCUCUCUGUGUAACUUCUACACAGAUAGGCCUUUAAGAAAGGGAAUUGUUUGACUUUGAUGUAGUUUUAUUAGAUGUUGCUAAAAUUGUUUCUUUAGGCAAUAAUCAAAAUUACUGUAGAGGUUGAAGUGUAGGUAUUUUGGGCAUAUAGGUUUUUUUCCUUUCAUGAAGUUUUCUGUGAGCUGCCCUGAGACCUCUGGGUAUACGGCAGUAUAUUAUUAAUAAUAAUGAUGAUGAAGAUGAUGAUGAUGAAGUUGCAGAUUUUGUGGAAUGCAGUCUUGCUUUUAUUUGAUAAUUGAGAAAGCUUAUUAAAGAAACUACCUCCUUCAAAGGAGAAUUUGGGACUAAAUAUCCCUUUCUUGGAGCAUCUCUCUCUCUCAUUUGACCCAUGUAAUAUUUUGCUUCCUGUCCAGUUCUAGCCUUGCUGAUUCAGGCAAUUAUGAUUUGGUUUCUCAGCCUUAACAAUAUUUCAGAUUUGUACUGCUAACAUAUUAUAUUGUUUUUAUGUUAUUAACCUCAUUUAUCUUAUUUUCUGUAGUGCUCAAUUAAGUUCCACCAAGUAAAG